CAAAGCAAAUAAAUUCAGUUCGAUACAAAGAUUGUAAGAGGAAACUUGUUACUAAAAAUAUUAAAAAAAAAACAAUAGUGACAUUAGUGAAAAAGUUAAAAUCUUCAAAAUGAGUGUACUCUGUAACAUAAACUUGAACAAACCACCAGAAGCGCCGUACCUACCAGGAGAAACAAUCUCAGGAAUCAUUAGAUACACGAUAAGAGAACCGAUGGAAACUGAGAAAAUAAUAAUCUCAUUGAAAGGUAUGGGACAUUUGAAGAUAAUUCACAGACAGAGUAAUCAUAACAAAAACAGAAUUAGCAACAAUAGAACAUAUAUAAACGAUGAAGUAUACGUUGAUAAUGACGCUGUAAUCCAUAAUGGCAACUGGACUGUACCACCAGGAGAUUACGAAGCAAGAUUCGCUUUCCCACUGCCACUAAACAUACCACCAUCGUUAAAAUAUUCCGGGUAUAGAGGACGAUACAGAGUAUACGCCUACAUCAAAUACUACGUACGCAUAAAAUUUGAAAGAUCAGGCUUGUUUUCUUUCUCCAAACAUUUCAGAAAGAAAAUCAUUGUAGCUUCAGGUGUCGCCCCAAGACUCCCGAUGGAACCUUGCGAGUAUACAAAGAGCCGCAAUUUGAUCAGUUUCUUCUCAAGCAAAACCAGAACAAUACAUUUGAAAGGAAAUAUCCUCAGCUCUGUCAUCCCACACGGAGGCAAAAUUCAAAUAGAAUGCGACAUACAUAAUGAUACAAACCUCGAUUUGUCCCACGUUGAAGUCAAUCUAACUCAAAUUUAUUCAUUCAAGAUAAAGUAUGGUUUUAGAGACAUUCCAUUUUAUGAUGACGUCAAACCUUGUUAUACCAAAACUCAAGCUAUAGAACGUGGAGCUAAACAAAAAGUGCUUUUUGAAUUUAAUGUUCCAUUGGGCUGUGUAUCUGUAGAGCAUUCUGACUUAUUGUCAAGAGAAUACAUAGUGACCAUUACAGCUAAAGUGCCCAUGCCUUAUAGGAACGUGAAACUAUCUAUACCUGUGCAGAUUGGUGAUAACAUGAUUAUCCAGCACCAGGAGGUAGUUGAACCUCCUCCGACUUACUGGGAGGCUAUGAGAGAAGGUGAUAAGGAUGAUAAUGAUGAUGAAAAUGAAAAAGAAUAACAUUUCGCAUGGAAACCUAAAUGUGGAACUGUAUCUGCAUACGCAGUCGAGCUUAUCAAUAAUGUAGAAUGAGGGCACAUCCUUACUAAAUUCUACGAUAACAUCGAAAUUUGGAAAAAGAUAAUAUGAAUGAUUGAAACACGUACGCAAUCUACAGACGUAAUCUAUGGAAACAUUUUGUGACUUUUGUAUUUUAUUAAAUUUGCUUUAAUUGUA